AUGCAAGCCCCCUCGUUUUUCUUUUGCCACGCUUUUUCCGGUUUCUUCGGGGCGACGCUUUUGCCUUUGCUGGCGCCUCCUGAGAUUCGCUUUCUCGUCUCCCGCAUUCCUACACUCUGGAUUUCCGGCACUGUUGCGAACGCAGCGAUGAGUGACACAGAAGACCGACAGGCCUCUCGCGAGGCAUCGGAGGCGGAGGACGCGGAAGAGAAUGAAGAAGCGUUCUCUGGUUCGGACUCUUCUUCGUCUGAAGAAGACGAAGGCGAACGCAGGCGUUCGAAGAAAAGCAAGAAGAGCAGCAAACGAAGAAGCUCGACGGAGAGGAGAAGUCGAAGCCGAGAUGGAGGUCGCCGGAAGAAACGCAGAGCAGUCAAUGCUUUCCUCGAUGUCGAGGCGCAGGAAGGAGACGACGAGGAAGAAGAAGACAACGACGAUUUGUUUGACUACAGCGAGGAAGCCGCGCAAGCCGCUCGGCUGGCUGCGCAGGCCACUGAGCGUCGUGUGGGCAGCCGCGAGGACCGCGCUCAGCAGAGAAGGGGGGGCGCCAGCCAUUUGGAGAGCGCGAUCGACUCUCUCACUCGGCGCUAUCAAGACCAGACUUUCGAGGAAGGCGAAGAAGAAGACGACCUCGAUGCAGAUGGCUUUGCGCUCGAAGAUCCGAACGAGAACAACCUUCUUCCGGAUAUCACGGAUCCAAAGUUGUGGAUGGUGAAGCUGAACAAAACUGGAGUGGAGCGGGAAGUCUGCAUUUCGAUUUUGAACAAGAGUUUUCAGAUGCAAGAGAAGGGGAAGGAUUGCGAGAUUUAUUCGUGCUACGCUUCGGACGACUUGAAAGGCUACGUCUACGUCGAGGCUUUCAGCCAGUACGCAAUCAAAGAGGCACUUCAAGGUUUGCGACUCAUUCGCACGUACGGAGAAAUCAAGAUGGUUCCCCUCGAAGAAAUGACGGCUGUAUUCAACUCCGUCCGCUCGCGGGCGCCGUAUAUUCCGCAGCGCAACGACUUUGUGCGUGUCAAGCGGGGCCUGUACGCAAACGACAUUGCCCAGAUUCAUCAAGUCGAGGAACAAGGCAUGGUCGUGACUGUGCGCCUCAUUCCGCGCCUCGACUUAAAUGCGCUCCUGGACAGAGAAAAAAGAGGAGACUUCAGUCGCAAGAGCGACAUGGCGACGCUGAAGCAAAUGGGAGGCGUCCGAGCUCAGAAGCGAUUUUUCGAUCGAGAUGAAGUCGACGCGCGAGGCGGUCAAGUCGAACAGGGCAUCCUCCCUGGAACUGUUCGUUUUGCAGGCAUGACGUUUGAAGAGAGCGGCUACUUGCUCCGGCGCAUGGCGGUUCGUCACCUUCUUGUGGGCUCGGCAGCGGCGCCUUCUCUCGCAGAAGUCACCGAGUUCGUUCAACAAGGCAAAGACGAAGAUGAUUUACACGAAAUUCGACGCCCUUUGUCGUCUUUCCUGAAGAGACAGAGAAGCGCGUAUCGCCUAGGGGAGCGCGUACGCGUCAUUGGCGGCGAACUUCAAGGCAUGCGUGGUAAGAUCGGCGAACGGAGACAAGAACCGGAAGACGACGACGAGGAAGAGUCAGUGGAAGUCAUUUUUGACGACAGAAAACUCGGACCUGUCAUGCUCAAGGCAAGUCACGUAGUGAAGGAUCUUCAGCUGGGAGAGAACGUUCGUGCUGUGGGCGGAGUGAACGCAGGACACAGUGGCCUGAUCACUUCCAUCGACCUCGCGAAGCAGACAGCGACGGUCUUCUCGCCGGCUGCGGGCCUCGAAUUCACCUGUGGCUUGGAGUCUCUGACUGUGGCCCCCGACGCUGGUUUGGGGGAAGAAGGCCUUUCGUCAGUUCGCGGCUUCCACCUGGGCGACUUCGUGGAGUUAACAAGCGGCGAGAAGGGCGUCCUGGUCUUCAUCGACAAGAACGAGUCGUCGAUUCGCAUCCUGCUGCCCUCGAACUCUGCGCUGUGCGCAACGGCCGCUCAACUCGCGUCCAAGCGGAGCACAGAUCUCCUGACGACUCUCGAUGAGUCGCGGGUGACAGUGGAGAAGGGAGCAACCGUGGUGAUCACCAAGACUCAGGAGGCCGCGCCUUCGCUGGCUGCAGGCGCCGCGGGAUCCUUCGUCGGCUCGACUCUGGGGAACCUGCUGGGCAUCCCGACGACCGCGGCUGCAGGCCUUGGAGCGCAAGGCCCGCAAGGCCCGGGGGGCGCGGGGACGGGUGGUUUGGGCCUGAAAGGCGCGCAUGCGAAGGUGCUGCACGUUUGUCGAGAUCGGCUGUUUUUGAAGGUCAUGGGCAGAAGCGAGAACGGCGGCAUCAUCGCCGUGGAUGCGAAACAUGUUCGCGUCUCUGGCCACGACUUCAGGAGCCCAGGCUUCCCUCAAGACGCCUUCACCCGGAACGCGCACUCCCAGCUAGCUAGAGCCCAACGCGGUCGCGGCGCCCUGCGCGGCGGCCUCGGCAGCUGGGGCCCUGCGACUCGCGGCGGACGAGGUGGCAUGCACAGAAAUCCGUACCUUGGAAAACUGGUGAAAAUCAUGCGAGGCAGAUACCGAGGCCUCAUGGCGACAGUUCGACGCGUCGAACAAAGCGAGUUGCACGUGCUCCUUCAAAUGAAAGAGAAGGAACUGAAAAUUCCAAAGUCCGACGCGCAGCUGAUUGAAUCUAGCAGAGAAUACCAAAGCUUCGUAGGUGGGAUGGCGGCCCCGCCUCCGUCGUCUCUGGGCAGCGGCAUGGACAGUCUGAGUACACCUCUGGCAGGCGUUUCUGCGGGAGCGCAGGGGGGCGUGAGCGCCUCGACUUCUCUCGAAUCUGCGCGAGGCGCGUCCUCGUAUUUGCUCGGUCCGAGCGGCGCGUCGCUCUCUUCCUCUGCCCACGGCCGAACGCUGACGCCUGUCUCCUCGUCCGCGGCCUUCAUGCCGCCGUCUCUCGCCUCCGGUGACUUGAAGGGGGACAGGACUGCCUGCUUCUUCGACGCCCGCGCGCAGGGCGAAAGCGUGCGACGCGGGAGCGUAGCCAGCUCGAUGAAGAUCGACGAUCUCGACUUCGAUGGCCAUCUCUUAACGCCCAGAGAAGAUGACGCCGCGUCAAAUUCGUCCAUGUCGAUGAGUGUAGCAAACGCGUCGACCGUGGGCGGGUGCGCCCAGACGCCUGACUGGUGCUGCCCCGGCGUUGAGGUCUGCGUCAUCGCGGGCACUGGCGGCUACCGAGGGAAGAUCGGCGCGAUUGGUCAGAUUCUUCCGCAGGAUGACCAUUUGCUGUGUCAUGUGUACAUCGGCGAAGAGGAUUUGAUUGCCAUCGCCGCGGAGAGUCUGACGCCAGUGAUUCCGGAGCAGCCUGACCCAAACAAGAGAGUGAUGAUUCUCGACCGCGACUGCUCGGAGUUCGGAAAAACGGGCAUCUGGGUGCAGGCGAUCAGUCCUACUUGUGCGGUGAUUCGGACGCAGAACGCGGGAGAAGUCAUGUGCAAUCCGCGCCUUCUCGUCAACUUUAAUCCGCCACCGGAAGAGGAUGAGUGA